CUACUUAGGAUUUGGGGCAUGUUUGUUCUCGUAUUCCUUCAAGAGGAAUCUGACCCGGUCGUCGGAUUCGGAUCCUCCAUCUCCUUCAUCGAAGACCGUGGACUUCCCAAGCUGAAAAGGACACUCUCCCAAAUCUCUACCUGCUCCGUCUGCAAAUACCCAUAUCAUAUGAUUUUCAAUCUCUCUCUCUCUCUCUAGUGAAGUUAUCCAGUACCCUUCCAUUGAAAAUUAGUAAUGGGUUUGCAACCUAAUCAGAGAACCACGCGGCCAUCGUCCAAUCUCGAAGAAGGACCCGAUUCGACCGAAUAUUCGUCGAACAAGAAGAAAUGGGUCAAUUUGAUGCCCUUGGCCGUAGCGUUGGUUGUUAUAGCAGAGAUCGCCUUUCUGGGUCGGCUCGAUAUGGUUGAGAAUUUCACCCGGUUUAACUCAUGGGCCGACUCCUACCAGUUCAAGUCUACGGCUGCUGACGAUGAUGUAUAUGAUACUCGAUUGGGCCUGUUGGCUACUGGUCUUGAUCAUCGGAAUCCUGAACCGGACUCUUGCGAAGAGUGGUUAGAAAUGGAAGAUUCCGUUCCGUAUUCUAGAGAUUUUCAGAAAGAACCAAUUGUAGUCGUUGGCGGUAACGAAGAUUGGGAUAGUUGUAGCGUAGGAUGUAAAUUCGUGGCUAGUACUAAUAAGAAAUCAGAUGCUGCUUUCGGUCAAACACCUGGAAUUAUUAGCGUUCAUCGUUCCAUGGAAUCGGUUCAAUAUUACUCAGAGAAUGAUGUUGAAAACGCACGACGGAGGGGAUAUAAUAUCGUAAUGACAACUAGUUUGUCGUCUGAUGUACCCGUUGGUUACUUUUCGUGGGCUGAAUACGACAUAAUGGCACCGGUGAAACAACCAAAGACAGAGAUUGCUCUGGCAGCAGCCUUCAUAUCCAAUUGUGCUGCUAGAAACUUCCGGCUGCAGGCUCUUGAAGCCCUUGAAGGGACCGGGAUGAAGAUAGAUUCUUAUGGGGGUUGUCAUCGGAAUCGCGAUGGAAGAGUGGACAAAGUAGAAACUCUUAAGAAGUACAAAUUUAGCUUGGCAUUUGAGAAUUCAAAUGAGGAGGAUUAUGUGACUGAGAAAUUCUUUCAGUCUCUUGUUGCAGGUUCUAUUCCUGUGGUUGUUGGUGCACCAAAUAUCGAUGAAUUCUCCCCUUGCCAUGGAUGUAUUCUACACAUUCGACAGCUCAGCGAUGUCGAGCCUAUUGCUAAGACCAUGAAUAUCUUGGCCAAUGAUCCACAUGCAUACAACCAAUCAAUUAGAUGGAAGUGGGAAGGCCCAUCUGAUUCUUUCAAAGCUUUAGUCGAUAUGGCAGCGGUCCAUUCAUCAUGCCGUUUGUGCAUUCAUUUGGCAACAAUGAUUCGAGAGAAGGAAGAAAAGACUUCUCCCAAAUUUUCUAAACGACCCUGCAAGUGUACAAAAGGCAUAGAAACAAUGUAUCAUGUUUACGUAAGGGAAAGAGGAAGGUUUGCUAUGGAGUCGGUUUUCUUGAGGGAAUCUAAUUUGAGUGUGAAGGGAUUAGAAUCUGCAAUCUUAUCAAAAUUCAAGUCUAUUAAGCAUGUACCUGUUUGGAAAGAAGAAAGGCCUGAAAGCAUUAGAGGUGGGAAUGAGCUCAAAAUUUACAGAAUAUAUCCUGUGGGAUUCACACAGAGGCAAGCUUUGUACACUUUCAGAUUCAAAGAGGAAGCUGAUUUCAAAAGCCAUAUUCUGAAUAACCCAUGUCCAAAGUUUGAAGUCAUAUUUGUCUAGAGACAGACAGACAACCAAGUCCACUCACACCAUUGAAAAGCGCCACGAGGAUCUUGGUUCUAACUCGGGUUUUCGAAGGAAUGACAGAAAUUUGAUCUUGUAGAAUAUAGAAAAAGAGGUUAAAUUCUGAAUUCGUGGACUUAAGUUUUAAGAGCACUGGUUUUAUUUCUUUUAAUGAUGAAUUUGAAUUAUACUUUUUUAUGAGAUGUUUCUUCAAACAUUGGAGAGAAGAAGAAAAAAAACUAAUUUUUAUUGAUUAAUUU